AUGAAGAGCGAGAGCGCGGAGGAGCUCGAUCGUAUACUUGCCGCCGCAACCGCCGCAGUAAACGCGCAGGAAAGUAUAGGCCGACCGAUUCAAUCCCACGGGAUGGACCUGUUCAACCACCUGGUCGCUGAGUUGUUCGAUCCGCGAACUCGGCUUGAAUGGGAGUCCUCCUCUUCUGACUCAAGCGAACCUGCCGAUCAUGAAACACUUAUCGAGUUCAUGACGAAACGAAUACUUACCUUGAACGCCGCCAAACCAAGGUCCGCCGGGAAGGUGCUGCCUGACGCGCCGCGAACAGCUAAGGCUCAUCACGCCAAACGCGAAAACGAGACCGCGACCUGCGAUCUGUGCAAAUCCAAACACUCCCUGUGGCAAUGCCCCGCGUUCAAGGCCAAGUCCGCUGCAGAAAGGAAGGAGCACGUAAAUUCCGGGCGACUAUGUUGGAACUGCCUCGGUCGUCACGCGGUCGCCAAAUGCCAAUCCACGCGUAAUUGCUUCUCCUGCGGGGCACGGCACCACACUCUGUUGCACGACGUGAGCGCGCUCCCCAUGCCGGUGGAGGCAAGCUCGCUGACCACCUCGCGACGGUGCGAUAACAGUGGCUCAGUCCUCCUGGCGACUGCACGCGUACUCGUAACCGACCGCCAUGGAGAAGCUCACACUGUCCGCGCACUAGUGGACCAAGGGUCCGAGGUGUCCAUUGUCUCUGAGGCACUGGUCCAGAGACUCCGUCUCCCGCGUUCGCGCACCGCGGUGUCGAUCCUCGGGAUUGGGGAUCCAAGUCCGGAACGGCACGGGGAAAGGUGGCUCUCCAACUCACAGGUCAGACCACCGGCGCCGAGGUGUCCGUCGACGCAUCAGAUCGAGCUACUGCUCGGCGCUGAGGUAUGCGGCGUCAUCUUGGAGAGUGGACUCCGCAAGGGAGGUCCGCACUCACCGCUUGCCCAGAAAACCUCUUUGGGCUGGAUCCUGUCCGGGUGCGGUGAGUCAAAAGCCCUCACUAACUCGCGUGGAGCGCACCAAUGCACCCUGGAUCGCGAUCUGAACGACCUGGUGCAGCGCUUCUGGCUUCAGGAGAAGGAGCCCUCGGUUCUCCCUGCUCUCACGCCCGACCAACAGCGCUGCGAAGAUUUCUUUGCCCGCACUCAUUCACGUAAUAGCACUGGGCGAUACAUCGUUCGGUUGCCCUUUUCCGCCAAGCCAGCCACUCUGGCCGGCACGCGAAAACCCGCUGAACGACUGCUGGCGGCUAUGGAGCGCAAGAGCCAGAACGAUCCACGCUUUGGCAGUCUCUACCGGACCUUCAUGCAGGAGUACGCUGACCUGCAUCACAUGGAGAAAGUUAGCCACACGCCCGUCCAACAGAAAGAGAUAUGUUUCUUGCCUCAUCACGGGGUGAUGAAAGAGGCCAGCACAUCGACCAAGCUCAGGGUUGUGUUCAACGGAUCGCAGCGCACCGGAUCAGGGGAAACGCUGAACGGCUGCCUGAUGAUUGGAGCAAACCUACUGCCCGCGUUGGCCAACGUUCUGCUGCGAUGGCGGUGGCACCGCUACGUGUUCAUGAUGGACAUCGCCAAGAUGUACCGUCAAAUUCUUGUGCACCCUCAUGAUCGGGACUGGCAGAGGAUCCUGUGGCGUCCGAGGCCCGACGGAGAAGCGCUAGAGUACCGCCUCAACACGGUUACCUACGGCUUGGCGUGCGCCCCGUUCCUCGCCAUUCGGACGCUCCGUCAACUGACCGACGACGAGGGAGGCCACUUCCCGCUAGGUGCUGCUGCGUUGAGGAGCGACUCCUACGUCGACGACAUCGUCACCGGCGCCGACUCCGCGGAAAAGGCCAACUCAACGGCCCGAGAACUCCAGGACUUGUGCAAAGCGGGCGGGUUUCCCUUGCGAAAGUGGGCCGCUAACUGCCAAGCCGUACUUGCUGGAAUUCCCGUAGAGCACCGCCUCCAAGUGUCCUCGCGACAGUGGAACGUGGACCGCCACUCCACCUUGGGACUGCUUUGGCACCCCGUCGAGGACUCGUUCGCCAUCUCACUUCGCGCACGCACAAUACCACCGCUCACGAAACGUAACGUGCUCGCCGAGACGGCCCGGCUAUUUAACCCGCUCGGAUGGCUGGCCCCCGUGAUUAUUCGGGCGAAAAUCCAUAUCCAGUCCGCCUGGAUUCAACAGGUGGAUUGGGACUCGACUCUCCCAGCGCCCGAUGCCCGCCUCUGGCGAGCCUUCCUCGAGGACCUUCCGAGCCUCGAGGGAAUGAGAGUGCCGCGAUGGUUGGGCAGCGACAUCGCCACGGCCGAACUCGAGAUACACGGCUUCGCUGACGCAUCGGAGAGAGCUUACGCCGCAGUAGUGUAUCUCCGCACUUCACGCCCCGACGGCAACACGAUAAACUUGCUCGCCGCCAGGAGCAAGGUCGCCCCGGUGAAGCCUGUAUCUCUCCCUCGGUUGGAGCUUUGCGCUGCGACACUCUUGACCAACCUCGCGCAUCACGUGCGCGAGGUAUUGUGCUUGUCCACAGCCCCGCUCUUCUUAUGGUCGGACUCCACGGUCACUCUUCACUGGAUACGCGGCCACGCUUCCCGGUGGAAAACCUCCGUGGCGAACAGGGUAGCACGGAUCCAGGACCGCCUCCCCGGAGCGCAGUGGCUGCACACGCCUGGACACGAGAACCCCGCGGACUGCGCUUCACGAGGCAUCUCACCGAGCGAGCCGAUUACUCACCCACUCUGGUGGUCCGGCCCCCCUUGGCUCAGUCGUACCCGAGAUGCCUGGCCAACUCAGAAGGUCCAUGAGGAAGACGAAGGCACUGGCGCCAUUCCGGAGAGCCGCACCGUGGCUUGUGUCGCCACACAUGCACCUACGGAACCUGAAACCCUCCUACGCUUUUCCUCCUGGCACUCCCUCCUCAGGGUCACAGCUUGGAUGCUCCGCUGGAGAUAUCCUCACCAUCCCCUCGAACCUGACGAGUUGAGAAAGGCCUCCCUACUGUGGAUACGCCUCGCUCAGGGCAUCCACUAUCCCGCCGAAAUCAAAGCCGCCACACGUGACCGCGCCGUACUCGCCACGAGCCCCCUAGCCAAGCUGAGCCCCUUCCUGGAUGAGGACAGCAUCCUGAGGGUAGGAGGAUGGCUGAGGAACGCGAGCCUUCCACGUGACGAGCGGCACCCCAUCAUCCUGCCGCCGGCGUCAUGGCUCACCCUCCUGAUGGUGGAUGCCCACCACCGUCGCUCGUUGCAUGGCGGUGUACAGCUCACCCCUAGGGCUGCUGCGCCUUGA